UCCUACUUUUUUGUUGGGACUGUGAGGAAAAUUAUCCUGUGGAGGGAGGACGGCGGUUUGAAAAAAGAAAAGCGGAGAAAUUGACAGAAUUAAGCUAAGUUAUAGAGUAUGGUACUACACAAACUUCAACUUUAGCGGAGUACAAUGCAGGCGGACGUGCUUUCCCCGUGAAUUCCUUACUAGGAGGCUUUUUUGUGUGGUCCUGUUGUCCUGCUCCUCACCCAUCAUGCUGAGUUUCCUGCGCAGGACGCUAGGCCGGCGCUCCAUCCGCAAACACGCCGAGAAAACCCGCUUACGAGAAGCACAGCGGGCCACGACACACAUCCCUGCAGCCGGAGAUGCAACGUCUAUCAUCACCUGCCGGGUUUCCUUACUGGACGGGACGGAUGUCAGCGUUGACCUGCCGAAAAAAGCCAAAGGUGAAGAACUGUUUGAGCAGAUCAUGUACCAUUUGGACAUUGUAGAGAAAGACUAUUUUGGACUGCGCUUCAUGGACUCUGCACAGGUUCCGCAUUGGCUCGAUGUCACCAAAAGUAUCAAAAAGCAAGUAAAAAUUGGUCCACCAUACUGCCUUCACAUGAGAGUCAAAUUCUACUCUUCGGAACCGAACAACCUACAUGAAGAGUUUACCAGAUACCUUUUUGUGUUACAGUUGAAGCAAGACCUCCUCAGUGGCAAGCUUGAAUGUCCAUUUGACACAGCGGUGGAGUUGGCUGCCUUCUCUUUACAGGCUGAAUUAGGUGACUGUGACCCACUGGAACAUAAUCUGGACUUGGUGUCAGAAUUUCGCUUCAUUCCAGAGCAGACGGAGGAUAUGGAGCUUGCAAUCUACAAUACUUGGAAGGAGUGCAGAGGUCAGAUGCCAGGACUGGCUGAUAUUAACUACCUAAAUAAAGCAAAGUGGUUGGAAAUGUACGGAGUGGACAUGCAUAUGGUCAAGGCAAGGGACGGUAAUGAGUACAGCCUGGGUUUAACUCCUACUGGAGUUCUGGUGUUUGAAGGUCAAACUAAGAUCGGACUCUUCUUCUGGCCCAAGAUAACUCGUCUGGAUUUCAAGAAGAGCAAACUGACCCUGGUAGUGGUGGAGGACGAUGACCAGGGUAAAGAGCAGGAGCACACCUUUGUCUUCAGGAUGGACCACCCCAAAGCCUGUAAGCAUCUGUGGAAGUGUGCAGUGGAGCACCAUGCGUUCUUCAGGCUCAGAGGGCCAGUACAGAAAAACUCUGCGCGCUCUGGAUUCAUACGGAUGGGGUCCCGCUUCAGAUACAGUGGAAAGACAGAGUAUCAGACAACCAAGGCCAGUAAAACAAGGCGGUCAACCUCGUUUGAGAGGAGACCCAGUCGGCGAUACUCCAGAAGAACCUUGCAAAACAGAGGACAUUUCAACACCCAGGAUGUUCUUUCUUCAGGUAAUGGUGUGAGCUCCAACAAAGACAACAAGGUUUCUUCUAGCAGAGGCGCCUGGUCUGGCAUGCCUGUUGUGAGCCCGGUAGCAGCGUCAACCUGUGGGCCAAUGGAAAUCGAAGCUUUACCCAGAAGUCCCGGCGGAGAAAAACGAGGCUUGCCCGCAGUUGCUGACCUGAUGGAGACGUGCAUUGACGACGUCCUCAGGGCUUCCGUAGUUCCUCCCAUCACAGCUGCAGAAGAGGUUGGACCUUGUGCUGCUUACGCCGCUGCCAGCGUACCUGCAGAAGAUCCUCUCAGUCUUGCUGAAGCAGCAGCUCGUUUGAAGCAGCUGGAGUUGGAGAGCAGCCCACUUCUUGCUACCCCAAGAAAUAAUGUCAACAUUAAUGUGGCCAUGAACAACCAGGACGACGUGGUGAAGCUCACAGAGAAAUGCGUUCUGAACAGUGCAGGAAGUAGUCCAGUUGUCACUCCGCUGCGCACCCCAGAGGAUCUCAAGAGCAACAUCCUGAAAGCUCAAGCUGAAGCUGCUGCUCUGAAGGGGCAUCAGGAGGAACUUAUCAUGAUGGCUGGUGACAAGAACUGUAACUUACAGGAAACCUCUGCAAGCAGCCGACCAGACCCCCAAGACUCCUGGGACCUGCUGAGGCCGGCCUCACUAGUCUCCUCUACAGCUGCCUGUGCAGAGAGGUUGGCGGAGGACUCGAACUCUUCUGUUCCCCAGAUUCCUGCCGUCAGUGAAGGCUUGGCACCAAAGGUUAAAGCAGAGGAAUUUGAUAUUCAGAACAUUGGUGUUCUCUCUGAGAACCUGAUCGACUUCACUGAUCCGACUCCUCUAUUGCCACCUCUGCAGCAUCCCAAACCUCUCAUCACACCUCGCUGGAUCAUUCCUGCAUCAGCUCAGCCUGCUGGCCUCUUUACAAACGGGCUGAUUGACAUGGAGACGUCGCCUAAGGUGGUUCCUCUCCUCCCCCCUGCUGAUGGGGGAGCAGUUCUCCCAUCAGCCCCUGCUCACCUUGCUCACCCACACAACACUCUCUCUUCAAGCGCCGACAUUCAGCCGCCCGUCAUGGAGGACGGAGCCAAACCCAGAGGCCUCCUGACCACCGAACUCUGAUGAAGUCUCCUCUUCCAGACCGUUUCCCCACAAACUGUGGCAGCUUCAAAGCAACACGUUUCACAUGAACUACAAUCACUUUCACCAUAGGAUGAAUUCUAUUUUUUACAAACAUGCAGCAUUAUCAUCUCAACCGCAUGUGAUUAUUUUGUUUUUUUAGGAGGGGGUUGAUCUGCCUGCCGCUUAACUGAAUCCAUCCAAGCUGAUCAGAUCUCCUCUAACGACGUCAGUAUCUUCAAGUUGUGUUUGUGAAGGUGGAGCUAUAACCUGAAAACAAAAGAGACACAAAGUGUUAGAUACUUAAAGUUUUCAUUGUAGCCGUGGCAUUUGGUACCGCUGGAUCUCUGAGCUGCUCCAGGACGUCAAGCUGAACCUCGAAAGUCCACUUUUGAGUUUCUAUAGCACUGGAUACUAAAGCUUCACUGGAUUUUCUUUGCAACACUGGACUUUUCAGAGAAAGUUGGUUUUAUAAAUAUGUUUUACUGUUACAUUUUUGUUUUAAAAUGCCCAUUCCAGGUUGUUUCAGUGGCGUAGAAAAUAGCCCUGCAUAAUUUUUUUGAAUCCAGUUUAGUAAGCUUCAUCAUAACCACUAAUAUUAAGUUUUAUUUUAUUGUUUUGAAUUAAAGUUUCUUCCCCUUCUUUUGAAUCCACAAUUUUCACAUUUUUCAUACAUCAGGCACGCUUAUUUUAGCUUCUAAAUCGGGCAUCGAAAUGCCAAAAGCGAAAGCUGUUGACAAGCUGUGACAACGGGACUGCGUGGACUUGACCUCUGUCUUAACAUGUUGUAGCUUCUCUCAUGCCUUAUGUAAAUUGAAUGUAUUCGACACGUGUGAUCUAAGAAUGCUGGAAAUGCCGCAGUUCAAAUAUGUUUCUGUCUGACGCCGUUUAAUCCACAAAAGCUGAAGUAGUCUGCUAAGGAGAAACAAAGUGUGAAAUUUCUUAAGGCUGAUUUUGUAAACAGCAAGAGUUAGACCGUUGGAGACACAAGGUUUUGGGGUGUAGCGGUACAUAAAUCAGAGCUCUUUGGUUUUUGGUUGGACUGCAAAAAAAAAUUAUAUUUUCGCUUCUUAGAAAUGGUAAACAACUAUCUUGCAAACAGAGAGAAAAAAUAACUAUAGAUUAGUAACAAGGCAUCAUUUGUGUACUGGUAAAUUUAUAAAAUACAAAGAUACACUUUCUUUAAAAAUUCAGUUUGAAUUAAAUGCUAAAAGGUCAUGCCUUAAGUUAAAAUCUAAUAAACUAACAGGGUUCGUACCUCGUCUCAGAAAGUGUAAAAUUUGCUAUCGUCAUCUUUUUUUUUGUCUAGAUAAGUAUGGAUUAAACCAUUUUUCCAAUAAUAAAUUCCUUUUUAUUAUCCAAGGGUUUAGAUUUUAUGCAUCACAACUUGAGUGUUUUUUCAAACUCAUUGGCCAUUUUGCUUCCUGAGAACCACUAAUAAAUACACAAUAACUUAAAAGGUCAAACUGGGGUAAUUUUGUUGCUCCUUUUUGCUGAUAAGGGUUUUAAAAUGGCCUCGUGGCUCGUUAAAUGGCUCUCAUAACAUUUAGAUGCCAAAGAUAGCACUAAAGCUGUUACUUUAUGAAUAUUUACAAAAACAAUAAACAUAAUGACACUUUAGAGAAUAUCUGUUUACUAUAAAAGAAUCCUAUUCUGCUUUUUAAGGUCUAAUCUUUCUGAGUGGUGAAUAAGAUGAAUCCAACAAAAAAUAGUGAUUUAGCCCUUUACCUCACUGCUGAGUUAAUGGCCAACUUUAGUUUAAGUUGCUUAUUGAGUUCAACAAUAAAUAUUAUAAUAUUAAACCCCAAAAAGUACGUUUUCUGCUAAAAAUUCCUUUAAGAAAUUAAAGCCUGGAAAAGUACAGAAGUUUUUUUUUAUAUGAUGUUGUGUGGGAACCCUGAUGAGUAUCUCUGUUUUUACAAAUAUCCAACAAAUCUUUCUGAAGACUUAUUUGUGCAAAAGCAAAUAAGUGGCUGGGUCAUUAAUAUAUGGCAAGCCAUUUUGUCUUUUAAUCAGAAAUGAACCUCCCUUACCACUUUUUUGGUCCUCCUUGCCUAUUAUAAAUUAAAUUUCUUGACAUAAAAGAGGUUUAAUGGCCCACAAAGUAAAUGCACAAUUAUGACCAUAUGACUUGCCAUAUUUCCAACACUUACUUCUCACUGCUGCAGUACACAAAACAGGAUGUCUGCUUUAUACCAAAACAAAGCAGUUUUGUGUUUAGCCAUUCUUCCAUUGGUUUCAGCAUGGCUUGCUUUAGAUGCUAGCCAAAUUUCCUGACUUUCUGUUUUUGCGUUUAAAGCAAUAAAAACAAAUGGCUGCACCUGUUUCUACCUGAAAGCGGAGGUCACCUGUAACUGAAUGAUCCUUCCAUAGGCUAGUGUAUUUCAGAUACAUGUAUCGCUACACCCUGCAAAGUAUUGACACGGACUCUUUUUUUUUUUUUUUUACUUUAGUAACUCACUCCAGUGAUGUAUAGUAAUUAUCCAGAUGAUAAAACAGACAAAUGUUUUAUAUUGUUUUACUCUAGCAGGUGUAGAUAAUUUAUACUCAGCAAAUUUUCAAACUUUGUGUUAUCUAAGAAAUGUCGUAGCAAAUGGUUAUGGCUGUAGAUAUAAAGUCGAAUCAUAUAAAGUAUAUAUAUUUUUUGAAACUACAUAUAGUACAGUUGCUAAAGAUCUUUGGUGUUUCUAACUGAAAAGUAGUAGCAGACGUACAAAACUGGAAAAACAACUCGCGACAUCUCAAAUGCUACAAACCUUCUGUUCAGUAUUAUUGGAUCAUGAUUCAGUAAAACCUUGUUACAGGAGAAAA